CAUCCCUCUCACAAACUUGUUUCAUGGCUUCUCUUAUUUUCCUCCAGCUUUAUUCUUUUGCUCCUUGACAACAUACUUUUUGCUUCUCGUCUUACUCGGUUCUGUUUCCUGUUUUCAAAAAUCUGUGAGCUAGCUGAAAGCUGUGUUGGUCACAACUCAUUUCAGUCUGAGAAACCCAGAUAGGAGUCUAUUUGUAUAAAUUGAGGUUUAAGUUUGAAAACCAUGCCCUGUUGAUCAAAACCAAGACCGUGAAGAAACAGAGGUUUUGUAGAGGGAAGCUAGAAGUGAGGUUUUACAGGUAUCAAUGAUGCAGGAAAUGGAAAAGUUUGUUCUUCCAGCUGGAAAUUUCAAGGAAGACAAUCAGAUUGAUCUACCACCCGGGUUUCGAUUCCACCCAACCGAUGAAGAGCUUAUUUCUCACUACCUACACAAGAAGGUUAUGGAUUCCAACUUCGGAUGCAAAGCAAUUGGGGAUGUGGACUUGAACAAGUCCGAGCCUUGGGAUUUGCCAUGUAAGUUUCCCCAAAGUAAAUUGCUUCCCAUCUUUAUUUUAAGUGUCUGUGAUUUUCAAUUCGAUUUAAUGUUGCAGUUUUGGUUAUUCUUUAGCUUUAUUUUGUUUUUUUGGUUUGUUGAUGAAGAUAAAGCGAAAAUGGGAGAAAAGGAAUGGUACUUCUUCUGUGUGAGGGACAGAAAGUAUCCAACUGGUCUGAGGACAAACAGAGCAACUGAGGCUGGAUAUUGGAAAGCUACCGGGAAAGACAAGGAGAUUUACAAAGGGAAAUCCCUAGUUGGCAUGAAGAAGACCCUUGUGUUCUACAGAGGCAGAGCCCCAAAAGGUGAAAAGAGCAACUGGGUCAUGCAUGAAUACAGAUUGGAGGGUAAAUUCUCAGUCCACAACCUCCCCAAAUCUGCAAAGAACGAAUGGGUGAUUUGUAGGGUCUUUGAAAAAUCUGCCGGUGGUAAAAAAGUCCAUAUCUCUGGACUUCCGAAUUCGGGUUCUCGUGGAACUGAAACUGGUUCUUCUGGUUUGCCACCUUUGCUGGACUCGACGCCUUACAAUGGCGCCAAGACCAGACCUGCUUCAGAGUCGACUUACGUGCCCUGCUUCUCCAACCAAGAAUCCAUUGAUUCUCAAAGAAACCAAGGGAUUGUUGAUUAUAUCAACAACAACAAUCCUCUCUUCUCUGUUUCAUCCAAUCCUUCAAACAACAACAACAACAACAACAACUCUUUCCCACGAGUCACGUAUCAAUACUCUGCUCCAGUUUCAUCGGCAAAUUUCCAGUUUCCGAGUUCGGUUGUAAUGCAAGACCAUCUGAGGGCCUUGCUUGAGAACAAUGUCUCGUUCAUGAGACAGAACUUCAAAACAGAGAGGGACAUGAUCAGUGUGUCUCAAGAAACAGGUCUUACUACUGAUGUGAACCCUGAAAUCUCUUCUGUCAUGGCGAAUCAUGAGAUAGGUAGAAGGCCAUUUGAUGAUCAAGAUAGCUUUUGGAUGUGAAUCUGUUAUGUGUAGUGAAAGAAAGAAGAACAGCUAGCUUCAGCUACUAGCCUAUUAUUGUUAACGUUUUGUGAGUUGAUUGAUGUGGUGUGGGUCUGUGAAUAGAAAUUCUCUGAAUUAUUAAGGGAAUUUGAUGAAAGUGAAGCCUAUGUUAUGUAGUAUUGUGAGAAAUUAUUUUGAUUUGAUAGUAUCAAACUGUUUGCGUAUUUAAAUCUCGUUGGAUAUUGGCAUCAUUCUUGUGAAGGGUGCUGUACAAUAUUGGUGACAAAGAGAAUGAGAUUCAGUUGGUGGU